ACGCCAGUGUUGUUUUGAUGUUUGCUGGUGUUUUUAGUCAUAAGGAGAAGCUGAACUUUUAAUCCGUUUCUUUCUUGUCUUUUACCGUAAAGAAGAGAAAGAAGAGCGUUCAAUAUGUACAGUCCGAGCUGAUGAAGAAAAUCUGCGUGCUGAAUGAAGAUAGACAUUUGCCCUAACACAGUGGUUAGCUGCCCUGUUCGCUGGCUAGCAGGGAGCUAGCCAUUAAAGUUUGCUUCAACAUGGAUUGUACAGCGCUGGAACACGAUGCUUUCAAAUUUGCCAAAGCGGCUGUGACCUAUGACCAAAAGGCCAAAUAUAAUGAGGCUGUUUUUUAUUAUAAGGAGGCAGCCCAGGCUUUGAUCUAUGCUGGAAUGGCAGGGUCCAAACUGGAAGGGCUCCAGGACAAAGUGAAUGAAUAUUUGAACCGGGUUCAAGCCCUCCACAAUGCAGUCCAGUCUGAGAAGAUCGACCCGCUGAAAUCCCGCCACCAGGUGGACCUAGAGCGCGCCCACUUCCUGGUAACUCAGGCCUUUGAGGAAGAUGAGAAGGGGAACGGUGAUGAAGCUAUAGAGCUGUACACUCAGGCCGUGGAGCUCUGCAUAAAGACGUCGAACGAGUCAUCAGAUCAGACUCUUCAGACGAAGCUGAAGCAGCUGGCACGUCAAGCUUUGGACAGAGCUGAAGGUCUUAAAGAGUCGCAAUCCAAGUCAACCUCGGCACAGUCUCAGGACAGAACAGGGCCUCCAGGAACCAAGUCCAGCGGCGGUUCAAGCGGACCGGUUCGUCAGUUCUUCCCUCUCGGGCCAGACUUCUCAGUCCACGACCGACCACAGCCUCAACCAAUCAGAGCGGUUCAGUCCAGUGAGCCCCAGGGUCAACGGUACACAGCUGAGGAGAUCGAGGUCCUCAGGAGUACAUCUACAAUCAAUGGCAUUGCCUAUGUGCCCUUCAUGAGCGUGGACUUAAAGGAGCGAUUUGCCUUCCCUGUACCGUUCUCGGACAAAACUGGGAAACUUGCUCUUUCUCCCAAACAGAAAGCCAUCUUCUCCCGCUGGGUUCGGCCAGAUGAGAUCUGCAAUAAUCCCACCAUGAUCAUGUCUGUGUCCAGCUUCAGCAUCAAACAGACGGUGGUCUCUGACUGUUCAUUUGUGGCUUCACUGGCCAUCAGUGCAGCUUACGAGAGGCGCUACAACAAGAAACUCAUCACCAGCAUCAUCUACCCUCAGAACAGGCGAGGAGAACCAGAGUAUAACCCCUGUGGAAAGUACAUGGUCAAACUUCACAUCAAUGGAGUGCCCAGAAAGGUUACUAUAGAAAACCAACUAACAGGAAUGCGUUUCCUGCAGCUGAAAAAUCCAUGGAGUCAUCUGCGUUGGAAGGGGCGCUACAGCGAGCGGGAUGAGAAAAACUGGACGCCGGAGCUCCUUAAAUACCUCAACUUUGACCCCAAGACGGCACAGAAGUUUGAUAAUGGGGUUUUCUGGAUUGCAUGGGAGGAUCUCUGUCAGUAUUAUGAUGUCAUUUAUCUAAGCUGGAACCCGACACUGUUCAAGGAGUCCUCCUGCAUUCACAGUAGCUGGGAUGGAAAGCAAGGUCCAGUUAAAGACGUUUACAGUCUUGCAAAUAAUCCUCAGUACAAGCUGGAGGCCCAGUGUCCAGCAGGGGGAGCUGCUGUGUGGGUCCUGCUCACCAGACACAUCACUGACAAGGAUGACUUUGCUCAAAACAGAGAGUUUAUCACUCUGGUUGUUUACAAGACAGACGGCAAGAAGGUUUAUUACCCAGCCGACCCUCCUCCCUUCAUCGAUGGUAUCCGCAUCAACAGCCCUCACUAUCUGACCAAGAUAAGGCUGACCUCUCCAGGAACACACACCUUCACACUCGUGGUUUCUCAGUAUGAGAAGCAGAACACCAUCAACUACACUCUGAGGGUUUACUCCGGAUGCAAGUUCACCUUCGCCAAGAUCCCAAAUCCCUUCACCCACACUAAAAGGAUCAACGGCCAGUGGAAAGGAAUCAGCGCUGGGGGAUGUGGGAACUAUAAGGACUCAUACAAACACAACCCCAUCUACCAAAUCAACCUGGAGCGGGCCGGCCCACUGCUGGUGGAGCUGCGUGGAUCCAGACAGUACAGCGUUGGGUUUGAAAUGGUGACCGUGUCGACGGUGGGUGAUCCAGGACCGGCUUCCUUCCAGAAGAAGAACAGUGGAGAUUACAGAUGUGGUUUCUGCUACAUGGAGUUGGACUACGUCCCAGCAGGCAUCUACAACGUCACCCCCACCACCUUCCUGCCCAAACAGGAAGGGCCCUUUUUCUUGGACUUUGGUAGCACUUCACCCCUUAAGGUCUCCCAGCUCCAGUAAAGAUGGAGCGCACAACAACAAACCAAACAGAGAACGUAGGAAGGCGCUAAAGAGAGGAAAGCAUCAGGGGAUUUUCAUGAAUUUGCGGUUUGAGAAUAAGUGAGCUCUUGAGUCCAGAAAGUGACUGCUGCUUUAUUUUUCCUUCCUUCACACAGUACAGCAUCUCCAAACCUAAACGGAUGGAUGGUGGGUAUGAAAGUCAAGAAUGCAGCAUAGUUCAUUUAAAAAGGCUUUUUUUUUUUUUGGAUAAACUAUUAUUACUGUUAAUAAAGUUAAGGGGCUCCGGUGCUUGGCAUGAAAACACAGACGAGGUCAGAAGUUUACGUUCACUAACCAUCAGCAUGGAAGUCAUUCUACUUUAGGGCUUUAAAAAGAUGCUAGAAAAGGUUUUUGUUUCUAUACAGUGAAAUAAUUACUAAACAUAAACGCAGGGACUUUUUUUCUCACACACACCCAGGCUAAUAUUCAGAAAUUCUAUCUUUAAUUUUCAGAGAAGCCUCUGGGUCCUGGAAUACAUCUGGGUGAAUAUUAAAACUCUCUUCUUGUCAUGUUUGAUAGAUCUCACAUUAAUUCAGUUAGGUUUGUCAGUAAAUACCGUAAACUUUCAUCAGGGCUGUAUUCAGUAAUUUUCCCAGAAGGUUUGUGUUACUUUAUUUUAUCCGUUUUAGCUGAUAAUCAAAAGAAAAUUAGAGGUAAUCCUGCGUCUUCAUUAAUCCCCUCACAUUCCUGAGGUUUUGACUGACUCCUUAGCAUUAUGCUGCCAUCACCAUGUUUGACAGUAGGAACGGUCCUCCUAGGCCAGAUUUUUCCAGACAUACUUCCUAUAAUUGUGGCUAAAUACGUCAGUAUUUGUAUCGUCUUGACAUAAAACCUUUCUAAAAACCAAUUUUAAUGAUGGUACCCUCUAAGCAUAAAGGGUUGUUAAACUCAACUCCCUGUAGCCACUCACUCAACAUUUUAUCUUAAGAUCUGAGCUUUGUCGGUUCCUUAUUUCUUCUUUAACAUCCUGAUAAAUUUCCUUUAAUCUAACAGUGUGGCACAGAAGUUAAAAUCUAGACAUGAUGUCUAACACAUCAUUAGUUUAGCAUUGGACAAAUAUCCCUCUUUUAAUCAGCCAAUUUGAGCUCCAACUUCUGUUAUCAGAACAAUAAUCAAACAUCAUGCGAGAAUUUUCUGUUUUCAUAAAUAGAUGGGACAGCUUCACCAAGUGGAACCACCGUUAUAACAUUCAUGGAAUGGACUAUUGUUUUUAAACAUUUGACAUAUGGAGUAGCUUUAGGUACCUCAGAAUUACAAAUUAAAGAGUAUAUAGCAUAAAAAACUCACAAAAUUGAAGUAUUGAUAAUACAGCACCUUCAAUAUUUAUUGGCGUCCCUGGAAGAGACCUAUCAACAACCUUAACUCUUUGUCUCUUAAUGAUAUAUUUUUUUUUUGUUAAAAUGGCAUCACAGCACACUGGAAAUUGAAAUCCUUUUGUGUGUUUUUUGGAUAAACAUUCUCUCUGAAUAUUACUGCUCUGAUAGGAGAUUAAAGCAAGUUUUAGUGAGAGGUUUUUGGGGUUUUUUGCAGUUCCCUGACUUGUGAAGGUUGAAAUAC